AUGAAAAGAAGAGAAAGAGUAGUGAAUACUACACCAAUAUCACCUCAGGAAUGUCGAAUAUGUGGUGAUAUUGCACGUGGUCAAAAUUUCAGUGUUAUUUCGUGUAUGUCUUGUAAAUCAUUUUUUCGCAGAAAUGCACAUAAAAAAUCGCCUUUACCACUUGGUCUUCUUCAAAAUGAUCGUUCAACGUUGACAACUAAUGAAUGGACUCUUCUCUCAAAUUUUCUUCAUGCAUUUGAUGAGCAAAACUGUUACACACGAAUUCAAUGUUCUCUUAAGGAGUUAUCUUCAUUACCACCGAAGUUACGAUCAAAACCAUCGGAAAUCGUGAAUCUUAUGCGCGAGCUUUACAGUAGUAUUGGACCACUUAUCGAACGUUCACCAAAUUUUCAUUCUUUAACGGUUGAUGAUCGUCAAGUUCUUAUUAAGCAUAACCUAUAUGUGACUGGCGUGAUGAAUGGAUUUUUUUUGUGUCGUGAGUUGAAUGUAUUCGAUAAUAUCACUGUUCUCAAUUCUUACAAUCAGCUAUAUGGAUGUGAAUAUAUGAGAGAAUGUCGUCAAAAUAUUGCACAAUAUGAUUCAAAUGGAAGUCUUAUUAAAAUCUUUAUGUUCAUAUUAGCUUUUUCAAGUAGUUGCUCAAUUAUUAAAUAUGAUAAUCAAGUAGAUAUUACAAUUAUGUCAAACUCAAUCAAUCUUGUUCCUAUUCAGAAUGUAUAUGUAACAAUGAUGUGGAAAUAUUUAAUAUAUCUAUAUGGAUUUAGAGAAGCAGUACUUCGAUUUACUCGUCUUGUAAAGGAUGUUCUAGAUUUAAUUACUAUACUAAACUUGAUACCUCAGAGUCAAACUCGUACUCGUAUGAUUGAUACAAUAGUAACGGACACGGAACGUACAUUAGUAAUCGAUGAUUGA